AGCAGGAGGAACCUUCAUGUUCUGGACAAUACAGAGAAAAAUUCUUUGAAGGAGUUUCAAACAAGAAGGGGCAAAGCUUUCACUUUACAUACAUGGUCACCAACUUACCCAAAUGGCUAUUUGAGGUGAGAAAUAAUGUAUCUAACCAGACUAAAAAAAUAUUCUCAGUUUUUUUGCUGUUUUGCUGAUGUGAAACUGGUGCUUCUAAAACAAAACUUUGAACGAGAAGACAUCACAUUAUCCUGAUCAUUAUGCAUCAUGAGUUACUUUUUGGCCUUCUGCAAGUCCCAUCGCGGGCUGGUGUUCACACAGUACCAGAUGCUAAGAGCUCAAGGACAUUUGUGUGAUGUUUGUUUAGUAGUGGAUGGACACGAAUUCCACGCACACAAGUCUUUUUUGGCUUGUUCAAGUGACUAUUUUAGAGCAAUGUUUAAGGAAUACACCAAGGAAUCUAAGGCCUCUAUCAUCCAUCUUAAUGUUAUCUCAGCAACAGGAUUACAAAUCAUUUUGGAUUUUAUUUACACAUCGUGGCUUUCUCUUUCCAUGAACACCUUGGAAGACACUUUGGAAGCUGCAUGCUACCUACAAGUCACGGAUGCUGUACCACUGUGUAGUCAGUAUCUCAUCAGUAACUGUGACUUGGGAAAUUGCUGUUUUGCUGCCAACAUAGCAUCAAAAUUCUAUCUUUCAGAUGCAUUGGCAGAGAUGGAGAAGUACAUUAUUAAUAAUCUCUGGGUGCUUUUACAAGAGGAUAUAGAGAAAACAGAGCUCCUUGAAUUAAACAUAAAGUCAAUGAUAAACCUGAUAAAAUCAAAUGAUAUCCCAAAGGUGCAAGAGAAAGGUUUGUUGACUUUAAUUCUAAAAUGGCUUCAGUAUGAUAGGACCAGGCACUUAUAUGUCAUGGUUCUAUUUGAAAACAUUCGAUAUGCGUUGUUGCCACUGGAUGCUCUACGUAAACUUUAUACUCAGACCGAUGUUCCUUUGACUGCUUCCAUCAAAAACCUCAUCAUCAAAGCAAUAAACUACCAUUCGAUUCCCACAAAACAGCCAGUUUUGCAAGACAAGUAUAGCACCCUGCGUAAUCACAAAGGAUGGAUUCUCCUAGUCGGGGGAGACGCUAACGGAGACCUUGUUGAAAAUGUGCUUGGAUUUGAUGUGUAUACUCACAAGUGGCGGAUGGUAACAAAUUUGCAAAUGAAAGUACAACUUCACAGCAUUUGUGUUAUUGGUAACUUCCUCUAUGUUCUUGGGGGAGAAACUCCAAAACAUGGCACAGAGGGCACCACUUCGUUGACUGUUACCAAUGUUGUUUACCGCUAUGACCCAAGGUUUAACCAGUGGAUGGAGGUUGCUAGCAUGUUAGAUAAAAGAGCACAGUUCUCCUGUUGUGUUGUAGAGAAUGACAUCUAUGCCAUAGGGGGCAGAGGAGAAAAUGAGGCCAUUGUUUCGUCUGUGGAAGUCUAUAACGUCAGUAGGAACAUCUGGACAAAAUCCAAAGAGCUGCCUUGUAAAACCCAUGGGCAUGCCAGCACAGUGUACAAAAAUGUAAUUUAUAUAUCGGGUGGUAAGUGUGCUGGUCAGGUAAAUAGUAGUAAGGAUAUGUAUUCUUUUAAUAAGUUAGAGGGCCAAUGGAAAAAACAAGCUCCUAUGUCUAUUGCACGGUUUGGACAUCAUAUGGCAACUGUAAAUGAUACCUUAUUCACAUUUCUAGGUAUUUAUGAACCAUUUUCUGAUAUUGAAAAAUACGAUCCGCUGCACAACCAGUGGAGCCGUUUGCGACCAAUGACGUUUGACCGGUUUUGCUAUGGGUUAGCAGUAGUGGAACAAACGGUGUUGCUUCUUGGGGGUAAGAAGUGGCAAGAAGGUCAAGAGGUAGCCACUCAAAAUAUCGUAGGUUAUGAUGCAGAAAAUGACUACUGGGAAGAAAUAUGUAGUUUGGCCUUUCCAUUUUCUGGUUUAAAAUGUGCAAUACUUCAGCUAUCAGAAUCAGAAGUAGCAUUAAACGACCAAGAAAAGAAAUUGUAUCCUCCGAUGACUAAUAAAAAUUAA